AUGGCCAGUUCUAUAAAUGUGGAAGAACCGACUGCAAAGCGGUCUCGGCGAUCAUCAGAGUUAGCGGAAGAUGGUGACAGCUUUCGAACAAUUGUGCUGGAUAUGGCAAAAUACCGAGACUGGGUGAGAGAACUCUCUUCCGAACAACUCGUAGCGAUAUUUGAAAUUGGUCUUAAAAUCCGAGAAUCUACCACGGUGACUGUGGAUGUCAGUGAAAGUUAUCUGAAGAACGAGCUCUCGGCAGCAAUGAAACCAGUCCAAACAAGUUUGCAGACCAUUGAACGAAAAAUUCAAAGUGAAUUGUCUGAGAAGCUAGUACAGCUGUCUACCUCGCUGAAAGUGUCACCUUACGUGAGAGGCAAUGUUGGUGAAAAGGAAGUGAUGAAGCUUCUUGAAGAGCACUUUCCUAACUUCCUUGUGAAGGAUGUUUCACGUCAACCAGGAAAAGGUGACAUAUUGGUUGUGUCUCUGCGCCAGCACAAAUUCAUGAUUGAAGUGAAAAAUCGCGACAGUAGUAACGUGCCUCAAUCUGAAAUAGAUCGCUUCAAAAGUAACCUCGCGAGCUCUCCUGAUGUCAGAGCAGGUAUCCUUUUAUCUCUGAAAAGCGGAAUCGUCAACAAAGCGAAAACUGGAAAGUUCCAAGUCAUAUUUAGGGAGAAUCAAUACCAGAUUUAUGUGCCGAAUGCGGGCAAGGAUGGAGCACUGAUAAUUUGGAGUGUGUUAAUGGCCGACGAGUUGGCCCAGUCAAUGCAGGGAGACCUUGGUACCAGCCAAAUUCAAAAGCUUGAGGAGCUAUACAAAGAAUUUCAAGAAACGAAAGACCACGAAAAGACUUGUCGGGACAAUCUAACUUCGCUUGAAAAUGCAGCUAAGGCCUUGAAGGAAAGUAUGAAUUUCAUUCUUAAAAGUAUCGAUAAAACCAGGAAGAAUCUUAAGAAGUUAAUUGAUUCAGAGGCGACUGCUGCAGGCAAACCUAUCCCUGCUGUGCAGGUAGACUAA